AGGGGCUAUAUAACCAUAGCUGCUGUUUCACAUGAAGCAAGUUAUAGAGCAGAUCCUCGGCUGCAUCAGCAUUGCUCUACACUUAAUCCACUCAACCCAACCCAACCCAAUCCUAACUAGCUAAGAUGGAGAACGGUACGGAAGGCAAAGACUUCUAUGUUCCUAUGAACAACAGGACGGGGCUUGUGAGGAGUCCUUUUUAUUAUACACAGUAUUACUUGGCGGAUCCAUGGAUGUUCAAAUUCCUUGCUUUCUACAUGUUCCUCCUCAUCUGCAUGGGUUUCCCCAUCAACUUCCUGACACUGAUGGUCACAGCUCAGAACAAGAAACUUCGGCAGCCUCUCAACUUCAUCCUGGUCAACUUGGCAGUGGCUGGACUGAUCAUGGUGAUCUUUGGAUUCACAGUAUGCUUUUACUCUGCAAUCAAUGGAUAUUUCUCCUUGGGAACUAUGGGCUGUGCUAUUGAAGGAUUCAUGUCAACCCUUGGAGGUCAGGUCGCUCUCUGGUCUCUGGUGGUCUUGGCUGUUGAGAGAUACAUUGUGGUCUGCAAACCUAUGGGUAGCUUCAAAUUCACAGCCACCCAUGCUGGAACAGGUUGCGCGUUCACCUGGAUCAUGGCUGCCUCCUGUGCUAUCCCUCCUCUUGUUGGAUGGUCAAGGUACAUUCCUGAGGGUAUCCAGGUUUCCUGUGGACCUGACUACUACACUCUGGCCCCAGGAUACAACAAUGAAUCCUUUGUCAUGUAUAUGUUCACCUGCCAUUUCUGUGUUCCUGUCUUCACCAUCUUCUUCACUUACGGAAACCUUGUGUGCACAGUGAAGGCGGCUGCAGCUCAGCAGCAGGACUCAGCAUCCACCCAGAAAGCUGAGAAGGAGGUGACACGCAUGUGCAUCCUGAUGGUCUGUGGCUUCUUGCUUGCCUGGACCCCAUAUGCUAGCUUUGCUGCAUGGAUCUUCUUCAACAAGGGAGCUGCUUUCUCAGCUACAUCCAUGGCUAUCCCUGCCUUCUUCUCCAAGUCCUCAGCAAUUUUCAACCCUAUCAUCUAUGUAGUGAUGAACAAACAGUUCCGUAACUGCAUGCUGAGCACUAUUGGAAUGGGUGGCAUGGUGGAGGAUGAGUCCUCAAUGUCCACCAGCAAGACAGAAGUGUCUACUACCUCUUAAACACAGACAACUCUCAACAGCUCUAGAGGGAUUUUUCAAAUGGACUAUUGACAAGUAUAUACAGAUGGUGGUAUCAUUUGGUUUCAUACAAUAGGGUCUUAGAAAAAACUCUACAGCAAGAUCUGACACAGUGUACAGUAAGGCUUGCAUCAUAUGCAAGGAAGUUUUCUCUCUCACUGCGACUAGGUGUUUUGCAAUCAAUGGAGUUGGCUCUGUGAGUGCCAGGACCGGCACUUCUUUUAUGCUGUGAUUUUGAAACUUUAUUUUUGUGAGGGCCAGAAUUUAUUUUCUUGGCCUAUUGUACAUAUAUUUUAUAAAUGCUUAUGACACUGUAAAUGUAGGUCAAUAAAUGCA